CUCACAUAAACCACUUUCAAUUUCAUUGUUGCAGAUCAUCAAUCUACCAUGGAUUCUGCUCCUGUUAAUAUGAAAAACGAUAAGCAGCAACCACGAGCACCCUUGCAGCUGCAAAACGACCAUGAACCACCUCUUCAAAGACCCAUAUGGCAGAUUAUUAUGGUUGCCGCCAUUGCCGCCGGUGUUCAGUUCGGUUGGGCUCUCCAACUCUCUCUCCUAACCCCUUAUGUUCAGUUAAUCGGUGUUCCCCACACCUGGUCAUCCUUCAUCUGGCUUUGUGGUCCAAUCUCCGGUAUGAUCGUUCAACCAGUCGUCGGCUACUACAGCGAUCGCUGCACUUCCCGCUUCGGUCGCCGCCGUCCCUUCAUCGCGGGUGGAGCCUUCCUUGUUGCCAUCGCCGUCUUCCUUAUCGGCUACGCAGCCGACAUUGGUGUCUCCACCGGUGAUAAAAUCGGCGCUCCUUCCAAACCCCGAGCCAUCGCCGUUUUCGUGGUCGGCUUCUGGAUCCUCGACGUUGCUAACAACACGCUUCAAGGUCCAUGCCGAGCUUUGUUAGCCGAUUUAGCCGGGUCCAAUUCUAGUCGGAUCCGAACCGGAAACGCCAUGUUUGCUUUCUUCAUGGGUGUCGGAAACGUUCUCGGUUACGCCGCCGGUUCUUACACUCACCUCUACAGAAUCGCUCCCUUCACCAAAACCGCCGCCUGUGAUGUGUAUUGUGCCAAUUUGAAAACUUGCUUUUUUAUAUCCAUCGCACUUUUAGUAAUCAUAACCGUGUUGGCUCUGGCCACCGUGUCGGAAGACGCUUGGGUGCCGGAAGUCGUUGACGACGGAAAAUCAACCGGAAAACAAUUGGUGUUCUUCGGAGAAAUGUAUGGUGCAUUGAAGGAGUUGUCACGUCCGAUGUGGAUCCUUUUACUGGUGACGUGUCUCAACUGGAUUGCAUGGUUUCCAUUUUUGCUCUUUGACACAGAUUGGAUGGGUAAGGAGGUGUACGGUGGAAAGGUCGGAGAAGGGAAUUACAACCGUGGUGUUCGUGCCGGAGCUCUCGGUUUGAUGCUUAACUCCGUCAUCUCCGGUAUUGCUUCACUUUGUAUCGAGCAUUUGGCUCGAUGGCUUGGUGGUGUGAAGCGGUUGUGGGGUGGUGUUAACUUUCUUCUAGCUGUGAGUUUGGCGAUGACGGUUUUGGUGACGAAGAUGGCGGAGUCUUCGAGGCAGUACACGACGUUGCCGGAUGGAACCGUCACUGCUCUGCCACCCAACGACGGUGUCAAGGCCGGAGCUUUGACCAUAUUUGCCGUCCUCGGUGCUCCACUGGCGGUUACGUUCAGUGUUCCUUGCGCUCUUGCCUCGAUAUUUUGCAACAACUCGGGAGCCGGACAAGGUCUGUCACUUGGCGUCUUGAAUCUUGCAAUCGUCAUACCUCAGAUGGUGGUAUCAGUACUAAGUGGACCAUGGGACGCACUGUUUGGCGGCGGCAACUUACCAGCAUUUGUGGUGGGAGCAGUUGCGGCUGCUGCAAGUGGGAUUUUUGCAUUUACUAUGCUUCCUACACCACCUCCUGAUGCUGUACUUGCAAAGGUUUCCGGAGGCGGGAUGCAUUAGAGUAAAAAAACGUUAUAACUCGAUCGAAAGGUCCCAAUUGUGUCAAUUGGGACAUUUAGGAUGAAAAAAAAAAGUUGUAUUUUGAUUUGGAUGUUGGAUUUGUGCAUAUGUGCCAAGCAUGAUGCAGAAAUCAUUAGUGAUUCCGCAUAUCUGAUGUUUGUGUUUAAGAGAAUGUUAUGCCAUUCCUCCAUUAUUUGUGUGAGAUAUCACUUCAUGCUUGAUGGAAUCGAGUCUUUUGCUUUAUUCAUGUAUACAACUAUAUGUUUUUAGUUGGUUCAAGAAUAAAACUCAAAGUGGUUUUCAUGGACUUUGUAUAUUUAA